CCGGGAGCUCGCCUCAGUGCUCAGCCGCCGUCUCCCGGGCACCAUGCAGGGGCUCGGCGCCGCUCUGCCCGUCCUCGUCGUCCUUCUCCUCAGCGCCCAGCUCCCCGGGCCGGCCGUGGCGGACCAUCCGCCCUGGGCACCGGGCGCCGAGCGGGCCCUGGACCCCAGCAGCCGCCUGGCCGUGGGGGCGGCACGGGUGGCUCUGCACAACUACAACUUCCACGCGGCGUCCCCGAGCGGGCUGCGGGCGCUGGGGCAGAUCCGCAAAGCCACCAUAAAGAGCAUUCCAGGAGUUGGUCAGAAGCAUUACAUGCAGUUCACUACCGAAGACUACAGAAGCAGGGACAAUGCUGGGAGCUGCCUUGCUACAGUCUUGUAUUCAAAGAAAAAGUCUCCGCCUGCUGUUAAUAUCAAGUGCAUAAACACCAAAGACCAGAAGCAAAUUCAAGAAGAGGACAACAGAUUAUACCAAAAACUUAAGCACCGCACCAAACCAAUAAUCGGAAGCAAUAUUCCAGACAGCUUUGGAAAUAUUGAACCUGCCCUUGAGCCAGUGUGGGCUUUGGCUGUUGCUGGCAGCAGUUACAUGAUGUGGGAGAAGUCAACAGAGAAAGUGGGUUACUUCAUGACACAAGUCAAGUCUGUGAAGCAGUGGAUGAGGAAAGAUGAUUCCCUUGAGUUUGACUACGUCAUCCUGCUCCACGAAAUGCCAACACAGGAAAUUGUUUCGUGUCACAUGCGCCUCAUUUGGCUUCCUGGUCGCCCUCUGAAAGUGAAAUACACCUGUGAUUCCAACAGUCAUCGGCUCGAAGAUGGAUCUGGAAUGGAAUCUGGAUCGGCUGAAGUUAUACAUGAAAGGGAAGGAAAUUUUUAAAAGAGAUGGUCAGCUUUACGCACAUAUUAAAUAGAAAACCUUUGUUAAUGGCCUGAAGUUGUGAUAAUUUUUCUAUACAAGUCUCACUACAGUAAGUUUCACUACAGGAAGUCUGAAUGCUUCCACUAGUCUGUUUGUUCCAAAAUGAAUCUCUCUAAUUUCUCUAAAUUCAUGUUCUAGAGAUCUACCUAAACUUUGCUACUAUAUAUAAACAUACACAAGUUGAUUUUAUGUCACUAACUUACUGUUACUUAUAGUAACAUAGUUUGU